UCAAAAACCCUCAUUCCAUUGUGUAGCUCAAACCUCAGGAGACCCAAAAAUGGUUCGCAGCAUAAAAAACCCUAAGAAAGCCAAGAGAAAGAACAAGGACUCGAAGAAAGGAGAUGGGUCUUCGUCUUCUUCGGGACCGUCGAUUCCGGCGAAGGUGUGGCAACCGGGUGUGGAUAAAUUGGAGGAAGACGAGGAGCUUCAGUGUGACCCUUCUGCCUACAAUGCUCUCCACGCCUUCCAUAUUGGGUGGCCAUGUCUCAGCUUUGAUAUUUUACGUGAUUCACUGGGUUUGGUUCGGACAGAGUUCCCGCACACAGUGUAUUUCGUCGCAGGGACUCAGGCUGAGAAACCUUCUUGGAACUCUAUUGGAAUAUUUAAAGUAUCUAACAUCACUGGGAAAAGACGCGAGCUAGUGCCUUCAAAACCUGCAGCUGAUAACUCUGAUAUGGAAAGUGAGGGUAGUGAUAGUGAUGAAGAUAGUGAAGUAGAGGAGCUUCAAGGAUCUGGGGCUCCAAUUUUGCAGUUGCGCAAGGUAGCUCAUGAAGGAUGUAUUAAUCGGAUACGUGCUAUGGCACAAAAUCCCCAUAUAUGUGCAUCUUGGGAAGAUGCUGGUCAUGUGCAGAUAUGGGACUUCAGCUCCCAUUUGAGUGCUUUAGCAGAAUCAGAAACGCAAGGUGCUCAGGGAGCUUCUUCAGUUUUCAAUCAGCCUCCACUAGUGAAGUUUAAGCACAAAGAUGAAGGCUUUGCUAUAGACUGGAAUCCUAAUGUCCCGGGAAGGCUUGUAUCUGGGGACUGCAAGAGUUUUAUUCAUUUGUGGGAGCCUACAUCUGGUGCAACAUGGAAUGUCGAUACUACUCCAUUUACUGGUCAUACUGCGAGUGUUGAAGAUCUACAAUGGAGCCCUACAGAACCCAAUGUGUUCGCCUCUUGUUCUGUGGAUGGGAAUAUUGCAAUUUGGGAUACACGUUUAGGGAAGUCAGCUGCAGCAUCUUUUAAGGCACAUAAUGCAGAUGUGAAUGUCAUUUCAUGGAACAGGCUGGCUAGCUGUAUGUUGGCAUCUGGAUGUGAUGAUGGGACAUUUUCUAUUCGUGAUCUCAGAUUGCUCAAGGAAGGGGAUUCUGUAGUAGCACAUUUUGAAUACCAUAAACACCCUAUCACAUCCAUUGAAUGGAGUCAACACGAAGCAUCCACUUUGGCUGUUACAUCAGCUGACAAUCAGCUAACAAUAUGGGACCUUUCAUUAGAAAAGGAUGAGGAAGAGGAGGCAGAAUUCAGAGCUAAAACAAAAGAGCAAGUAAAUGCCCCUGAAGAUCUACCUCCACAACUUUUGUUUGUUCAUCAGGGUCAGAAAGACUUGAAAGAACUCCAUUGGCAUGCUCAGAUUCCAGGAAUGAUCGUAUCUACUGCAGCAGAUGGUUUUAACAUCCUGAUGCCUUCAAACAUACAGAGUACCCUCCCCUCAGAUGCUGCUUAAAUCUCUCAUAUGGUUGUUGCUAUGCUUCCGGCACCAAAUUGCAAAACAUCCACCAUAUGUUUCCAAGUAGCAUUGAUGUGAUGGCAGGCAUCAGCUGUUGAUCUGAUGCACACAUCUUGGAUCAAUUAAGAAUCAAGGGUAAUAUAUAUUUUCUGGUUUUUUUUUUUUUAAUUAAUUAAUUUAUUUAUUUAUUGGGUGGGUGUUGUACCAUACUCAUAAGAUUAUAGUUGGUCCCACAAGUUUUGCGAAACUUCGAGUUGCUUCAAUUUUGUUAGUUUGAAAGUACUUGUCAGAUGGAUGGGAGAAUGCUAUUUAGUAUGGAUUGAGAAACUCUUCCCAUGUC